GACGGUUCCUGACGACGUCACUUCCGCAUAGAUGUCGGCUGACAUUCGGCUCAGAUAGAUCAAUGAUUUGCGUUCUGUCUCUAGGCAUAGUCUUAAUUAGAGAUCAUGAAUUGAUCACUUCAGGCGUUUAAACAGAAGGACAGUAGUUGAGGGAAAGUCGUCUGUUCUCAGAGACAUGUGGGUUUUUGGUUACGGAUCGCUCAUUUGGAAAGUUGACUUUCCUUUCGAGGAGAAACGCGUCGGUUUCAUUAAAGGUUUCAGUCGCCGGUUCUGGCAGGGAAGCACGGAUCACCGAGGAGUUCCCGGGAAGCCUGGACGUGUGGUGACAUUAAUUGAAGAUCCCGAGGGCUGCGUUUGGGGUGUUGCUUACAAGCUCCCAUCAGGCAGGGAGGAAGAGGUGAAGGAGUAUCUGGACUACAGAGAGAAAGGUGGAUACAGAGUCAUGAAAGUUACAUUUCAUCCUAAAGAAGAGGAGCAUGAACCCAUCCAGAACACACUACUCUACAUUGGAUCCUGCGACAACCCAAACUACCUUGGACCAGCACCUCUGGAACUGAUUGCACAGCAGAUCCUCAAGUCAGUUGGACACAGUGGAAAAAACACAGAGUACUUGUUUGAGCUGGCCGACGCACUCAGGGAGCUGAUGCCUGAAGACACAGACGAUCACUUGUUCUCUUUGGAGCGCUUGGUCAAGGAACUUCUACAAGAGGCUGGAGUACAUCAGGAAAAUCCUCACUAAAUUAGGUGUUUUCUCACAUCGGAGGUUCAUCCACAUAAUACACAAACGGGUAGCUCAAAUACACACAUCUAAGAUUUUAUUUAAUAUUUGUUUCCUUACUGUAAUGUCCAACGACUAUUUAAGCAGGUAUGGGAUUUUGUGUAAUAUUUAUGCACCAAAUAAAUUAGAAUUAGUCAAUCUAAAAGGGAAGUGUGUCAACAAUUUUAAGCCAUUUUAAUGAUGACCAUUGUCCAUUGUAGCAGUCUAUAUAAGAUAAAAAUAUGACGUGUGAACAUUACAAAACUGUACUGUAAAUGAGAUCAAACCAUACUGAUCUAUUAAAACACUUAUAACAGUAUUUCAUUGGCCAUUUAAUUUAUGUAAAGUUUGUAAGAACAAUAUCUAGAAGAUGAACUUUGGUUUAACUGGUAAUGCUUACAAUGCUUGCAGCAGAAUCUUCCAUGGGAUAUGAAACAGGGUUACACAAUAACUAUAACCAAAGAACAGAUUUUGUGUUCCUUUUGUUAAAAACAUUUAUUGGCAUAUUCUUAGGUAAAACAAGCAAACAGUACAUCUAAAUAAAAAAGAGAGCGAGAGAGAGAGAGAGAAAAAAAAAAACCUUACUGCAGUUUUGGCACUAAGCUACACAGUGUUGCCAGUAUGGACGUGCCACAAAGAAAAAAUGAACAGGCCUAUCCUCCCAGUUGGACUUAAAAAGGUAUAAUGUGAAAA